GGGAUUCGCUCACUUCUUCCAGACUCCAACCUAAAAAAAAAAAAAAAAAAAAAAAAGUGCAGCGCAAGCUCGGACCAAUCAUUUCCCGGGAAAAUGUGACUGGUCGGAGGAAUUCCCCACACAUUUGGAGAGCCGAGCCCUGUGUGCCAGGCAGGGAGCCCGCAGGAGGCUUCACACCGCCUGUGCUCGCACUCCUGGGAUAACAUGUUUGUUUCCUAAAGAGAGAGAAACAUCUAUCGUCUACCAGGGUGUAGAUGCUCCAGGUGGAUCGGGAGACGGACCAGGGCGACCCUUUGAGUCUCAUCUUGUGGUCUGGAUAAGAGAAGAGAGGGGUCGGGCGAGACAGCGAGGCCGACUUGGUGCUGUGAACACAGCUUUGGGCCUCUGUUGGGGGCGCUGUUUGUUUGGAGAAAGAGCCAGGAGGUGGCUGCAGCGAUACUUGGACUGCUUUAGUCCACACCACCAUGACCACCGCCGUGCAGCCUAAUGAGCUGAUGUUUGAGUUUGCCAGUAACGGGAUGGACGAAAUCAACCAGCUGGACGACCCGUCAGUGUUCCCCGCCGUCAUCGUGGAGCAGGUGCCCGCCACCGACCUGCUGCAGGUGUACUCGGGCUUGGAGUCGGACGAGGUGACCAACGGCAUCAUGAUGGACAACACGCUCCAGGUGGUGGAGUCUCCCUCCAUCCUGGUGGGAGGGGUGGACCUCUCAGAGAGUGUUACAGGUGCAGAAGACCGCAUGGAGACAAACGAGGCUGCGGCGGCUCUGCUCAGCAUGGAGUCCCCAAACAACAUACUGGACGAGAAGCGCAUGCUUCACACCUACGGCGCCCUGCUGGAGUCAGACCUGUCCUACGUCCCCCUGAGGCCAGACCACAUGGAGAACGGCGCCCUCGACAUGUCGCUGGACGAGGACACCUCAUCCAUGGACGAGAUUCCGCAAAAAUGUCCCUUGAAGCCGCAGAAGAAAUCCAAAGUGAGGAAGCCCCGAAUGGUUCGAUCCUGCUCCCCCAUCUCCAGCCCGAACCUGCCACUCAGGAAGAAGAGCAAAGAGGGCAAAGGUAACACCAUCUACCUGUGGGAAUUCCUCCUGGCCUUGCUGCAGGACAAGAACACCUGUCCCAAAUACAUCAAGUGGACUCAGCGGGAGAAAGGCAUCUUCAAGCUGGUGGACUCCAAAGCCGUGUCCAAACUUUGGGGCAAACACAAGAACAAGCCCGACAUGAACUACGAGACCAUGGGAAGAGCACUCAGGUAUUACUACCAGAGAGGCAUCCUGGCCAAAGUGGAGGGCCAGCGUCUGGUCUACCAGUUCAAGGAGAUGCCGGCCGACCUGAUCGUCAUCGAGGACGAGGACGCGGACGGUCACGAGUACGCCAACCCGAGGUCCGCCAACGGGAGGUCUCACUCUGGCGGGGGCUCCAAAGGGCCCGGAAGAGCCCAAAGUCACCAGCAGGGGUCUGUCAAGCAGAUGAAGAAGGAGCCGGAGGAGGACUUCCUGCAACAGGAAAUGGAGGCGGGACAGAAGGCGGAGCUUCUUCAGAUCCUGCAGGCCAAUCAGGGCGUGGACGUGGCUCAGGCUAUGAGGGCCAUCAAUGCUUCCACUUCCCUUCCCAUGAUGUUGACUUCCCCGACGUCCCUUCAAGCCAUGCCCCUCACCACCAUCCUCCCCAAUGGCGACUCCGCCCGCUCCUCGCCGCCUCGACUCCUCCUCCACCCGGUGCCCCCCAGCCACAACAACGACGUCCUCGCCUUACCGGAGGGCCUCCCCCAUCAGCUGCUGGUCGCCAACCUCGGCCCGUCCGGCGUCUCCUCGUGCGCCCCCUGCCCGCCGGGCCUGCCCCGCCUGGUCACCAUCAACACCACCUGCGGGCAGACCAUGGUGGCGCAGCAGCCGGGCACCGUCAUCGCCACCGUGCUCAAACCGGGCGACUUCUGCGGGCUGCAGGUGAAGGAGGAGCUGCUGGACUCCAGCUACCUGCAGUCCAUGGUGAACAGCGACCCGUUCGCCAAGGACGAGGCGGACGAAGCCAAGCUGCAGUACCGGACGGUCAUCAUCGAUAGCAGCCACAGCCAAGCGGGACAGGAGGCCUUCAACGGACACUCCUCCCCUUGCGAGGGCCUCACCCCGGUGGAGGAGCUGGAGGUACGCGGGGAGAUGUCCCUGCAGCCCGAGCAGGCUCUCAAGGGCCUGCAGGAGCUGCCGGCAAACUUCAUCCAGAUAAAGACAGAGCCCGCCGAGGCCUGACAGUCUUCUCAGGCACCAGCUGGACCAAAAAAAAAAAACAACAACAUUGUUGCUCCUCAAGGUUGCUCGCUCAGCCUCGGGACGGAAUCGUUUACUCACAUAUUUUUGUGAUCACGUGCCUAAAGAAAUAUAUCAAGGGAGGUUUGCUUUUGUUUUUUUAAACAAUGUCACAUUUCAGAUAAAGACAAAAAAAAACAAAAACAAAAAAACGGCUCCCAUAAGGAGAACAGCCAUCAAUGAAGCCUGUCCACCAAAUGUGCCAGUUAGUCUUUUUUUAUUGAACCCUCAGAGGACUUAAAAGGUGAAUGGUCAAAAAAAAAAAAACACACAACCAAAAAAGGAGGGACUGAGGAAAACAAACGCC